UCGAUUUUGAAAAAGUGUGUGUGAAGUUUUGUUGAUAUCUCAGCUCAGUUCAGUGGUUUGACUCUCAGCCCAGUGUUAUAACAAAAAUCUUUAAACAUUAAGUUUCAACCUGUGUUCCAUUUGUGAUCGUCAGAAUGGACUGAGAUAAUCUGUAAUAUAACCAAAAUGGGUACAAUAACAAUGCAAAGAGAUCUCGUAGUGGCUCUCAAGAAAGAAACAUCACAGAAUGUGGGAAUUCUUAGCAAACUGCAGCCAAUGCCUGGUGAUUUGUCGAGGCAGGUAUUCAAGGAGAAUGCCCUCGACAAGCCCACACAAUCAUUCUUCAAUCACUUGUCAUAUUAUUUAGUGUGUAUCAUUGACUCAAAAGCUGCUGGCAGUUUCUCGUGGCCUUUAUACGAUACAAAGACUGAGAGGGCUUACAGAAAUGAGUUAUCUAGCUUCAUAAAUGAUUAUAGUGGUAAAGGCCUACUAUCACCUGUCAUGUCUUCCUAUUUAGUCAACCCUUCUUGCUAUAAAGUAACCAUGUUGAUUUUUCAAAUGUCUCAAUUGGCUGUUCAGCGCGUUUUGUUGACCAAAAUGAAGAAAAACCGCCAAAAAGAGCUGUAUGAUGACAUGACAAAAAAGUACAAGCAAAAUAAAGAUGGUUUCAUGGAAAAUAUUGAGUCUGAAACAGAGGCUAUGUUAUGUAAGUUUUCUAAUUACUUGCGCAAGAGGAAUGCAAUGGAAAAGAUAGCAGAACUAUUGCGCAACAAAAUUACUGAAAUUGAAGCUAAAUUAGAGAAUUUAAAUUGUCAGAAUUACAUCAACAGUUUGGUCGACAAUUAUCUUGAAACUCACUGUGUAGAUGAAGGGUUUAAACAUGAAAUAUUAGAAAUUAAGAAUGUCAAUAGCUUGCCUAAGAUCUUUGAUGACUGGCUAGAUGCAGUUGAUAAAGAAAUGGAUAGAUUAGAAAGUGAAUGGGAUAAGAAAGUAUCACCAUUUUUGAAAAUAUGCCAGCAGUCAAGAGAUUGUACGGAGUCUCUUAUUAACAGACACACUGGUGAAGCAGAGAGAAGUUCAUACACAAUUGAAUUCAAUCCAUCCGUAGAUUAUAUUUGUACUAAAAAUCUUGAAGAGCAGGUCAAUAGUCAACAAAAAUAUAUUCUACGUAAUAUAGUCAAAGACAACAAGUUGAGUUUUCCGAGUCUAAUACGUGGGUUUUUAAUAUCAAUAAGUUUUAUGCUGAAAAAUGCAGAGAUCGGAAAUGAAAUUUUCAAGUUUAAUGAAUAUUUAGAAGGAGGCACGAAGAAUUACGAAGAAAUUGUAUCUGCAAUGAGGAUGCUGACUGAACGGGUGUUUACUGCUGAAGCAAGAUUAGAGCCAUCACCCCUACUGACCAACGAAUCCGUGUCAAUGAAGGAACUCGCCGAAAUACCUCCAUUACCCGACCUGUCUGACCUGAAGGCUAACAGAGAUCUACAUAGUCAAUUAUUAUUUGACACAUUCACACCAUUCAGUGAAUCAAAACACCAGUUCAACUUGCAGAGAAGGAACACUUACCAUCUUUCCAAAAACCAACCUCGGUCCUUACUUUCAUCGUCUUUCCAACCUCCCAGAGACGAUUUCCUGAAAAGCCUUAUAUCCUGCCGUGUAAGCACUUACGAUCGCUCCAACGUGAGCAAUAUAAACAAUAUGUCAAUUAUAUCGCAUACAAACAAAAACAAUGAAACUAUAGCCGAUUGCACAUCUGGAUUCACGAAGCAGCAGAUAUUGAGGUUACUCUCAACAAAAAAAUCGAGUAGCUCAAAGAAAUUCAAAUACAAAACAGAAAGGCCCAAUAUCAAUGUCAAGAAAGGAGGAUUGUUCAAUGAAUCGAAUGUACCGAACGAAAGCUGCGGCUUAUACAGGAGUCACUCGUCGCCUAAUCUCUUUGAGAACAGAGAAAAGAGACAUGUGAAUAGGUUACAUAAACGUAAGCUGUCUAUAAUGCAAGAAGAUUCGCCAUCUAUGUUAGAAGUCUCCGGAAUUAUAAGGUUGGAUUUUGGAAAGGAUAACAGUUUCGGAACUCCUAUCAAUGGUGGAGAUUUAAAUAAAAUUGAUGAUGAGGACGCAGCGAGCAUUCCUAUUGUCAAAGUCACAGAUGAACAAGAAACAAUAUCAAUGUUUGCCAAAAUUGAAGCAAACUUAAGAGAUGUUGAAGAUUUCUCACCGGUAUUAAAAGACGAUAGAAAAAGUAUUGAAUCGACACAGGAAAAUUCGAAGUUGGAGACGCCGAAAAAUAAGGCUCAGCUUGUGAAAAAGACGAGUUCUCUAGAGAAAAUAAUAAAUAGGUUUAAAAAAGUCAGAGCGAACGUCAUAUCUGACAGGAGUAGGGAAGAGACUGAGAUUAAUACAAUAGUUGAAGAAAAGGAGAAUUUCAAUGCCGUUACUGUUUUUGCUGCAAAUAAGGUCUUAUUACCUGACCUAUUAAGUCCAAGUUGCAGUGUGUUGUCAGUGAAGGGAAAUUAUUUGGAUCAGUUAUGUUUGGAUAUCGAUGAAAAAGAAAAGAGAAGGCCUAGGGAAAGUCUGGGAACAGCUUUGGGCGUUGAUCAAACGUUUUUAGAUCAGUUCGAUUUGAUUGACUGAUACUAUGAUAUUAAAAAUAAAUGUAAUAAACAACGAACUCAUAUAAUUAUUUACUUCAAGUUAGAGAAUUGUUUACCAAUGCAAUCAGGCAUUUUAUAACUUCACUUAUUUAAUUUACUUUAGAUUAAUGCCUUAUCCUAGAUCCAAGUAGAAACUAGCGCCGUUUUGACGUUAAGGUAAAACUUCGCAGGUAAAAGUUAUGAGAAAUAAUUAAAAAUCCAAAGAAUAACUACAACCUUUGUUAGGACUAGUUUUACAAUGUUUACGAGGUCGUGGGGAUAUAAAUUGGUCAGCGCUGUAGUGGUCCAAAGGCGAAGUCCCGGGGCGCGCGCUCAAGCUUAUAUAGGGCUCCCGGGCUGUAAAGAGCGGCGCAGGAGAGACCGCAGCGUCACGACGUCACACCAUGUUGCGUUAAAUCUGUUGACCUGUCAUCACCAGCGGCCAUUUUGUUUUAACUUACGUUUCGGGCAUAGAUGUGGAUCUAGCUAGAUUCUGCGAGUGCAAUCCGCAGGCCAAGUCGCGCGUCAAUAACCGAAAUAUAAAAGGGACUUUCUCACUUAUACUAAGCAGCAAAAUCUCGACACGUUUCUUAUAGAUAAAGAUUGGUUCAUAUUUCAUGUAUUCAUGUCAGACAGUUACAUAAAGAUAUGACACGGUAUAAAAGUGUCCUCUAUGCUGCGCCAAUGGGUAAAUUGGCACUGGCAGUAUCUAGUUACAUCUAUGUCUGUGCUGUCGUCAUUGUAUAUUUGCUUUCAAGUCUGAUUAGUUUUGUAUAAGUGUAAAUUUAUUGUGCUUCGUAUACUAAGGCCUUGUAUUAUUGAGGAGUAAUUGUAACUUCCUUUGCUGCUUUUCUUGUUAUUAAUAAAUCUCAUGUUUAUGUAGUA